UGCUUUCCUCGGUGAACUCGGUACGUCUGAACUCCCUUCUUCUCUUCCUGCUGGCUCUCCUCCCUCCAGCAGACAUGUCGUGCUACAGCCCGUGCCUGCCCGCUGCCUGCGGCCCAGCCCCGCUUGCCAACAGCUGCAACGAGCCGUGCGUCCUGCGCUGCGCCGACUCCAGCGUUGCCAUCCAGCCCCCGCCAGUGCUGGUGACGCUGCCGGGCCCGAUCCUCAGCUCCUUCCCGCAGAGCACAGCCGUGGGAUCCAGCGCCUCGGCUGCCGUGGGCAGCUCUCUGAGCGCUGCCAGCGUGCCCAUCGCUUCUGGGGGCUCCCUGGGGCUGGGGGGCUCUGGCUGGGGCCGGGGGCUCUGCGGGGCUCUGGGACGUGGCAAUCUCAUCUGCUGA